AUAUAUAUAUAUAUAUUUCAUUGUGGUUGCUAAAAUUAGAGAGCAAACUAAUCUCUUUAUCUGUUAUCACCACCACAAUAGAAUGGAAAUUGUGGAUAAUGUGUUCUCAGAUUAUGAUCGUGCUAAAGAAGUGAAGGAGUUUGAUGAAACAAAAGCUGGAGUGAAAGGGCUAGUAGACUCUGGAGUGGUCAAAAUUCCAAGAUUUUUCAUCCAUCCACCAGAGAAAUUACCAAGUCCAUUGUCCAAUAAUAUUGCUAGUGAUCAUAUUUCCCAACUUGUUCCAGUGAUUGAUCUCAAAGGCUUUGGAAGUGAGCAGCGUAGUGAGAUUGUCAAUGAAAUACGUGCCGCAGCAGAAACAUGGGGUACCUUUAAAAUGGUUAAUCAUGGGGUUCCAAGUGCCACCAUGGCUGAGUUGUUGGAAGGUAUUAGACAAUUUCAUGAGCAACCCAAGGAGGUGAAGAUGAAGUGGUACUCGCGUGAUAGAAGUCUACCAGUGAGGUAUGUCAGCAAUGGAUCUCUUUUUCAUGCAUCCACACCUGCACAUUGGAGGGACACUUUGGCGUGUGCUUUCCCAAAUGAACAACUAGACAAGGAUGAAUUGCCUCAAGUUUGCAGGCAGGCAAUUACUGAGUUCAUGAAAUGCAUGGUCAAACUGAAGGAUAUACUAUCUGAAUUAUUAUCAGAGGCUCUGGGACUUAGCAGUGAUUAUUUAGCAAGGUUAGAUUGCUUGAGUUCUGAGACUAUGGUGUGCAAUUAUUAUCCGAUUUGCCCUGAGCCCGAAUUGACUUUAGGCGCACCCAAACAUUCGGACCCAUUUACACUAACCAUACUCUUGCAAGAUCAUAUCGGUGGCCUUCAAGUUCUUCACCAAAAUCAAUGGGUUGAUGUGCCCCCAGUGGAUGGGGCACUGAUAGCAAAUAUUGGUGAUUUUAUGCAGCUCAUCACCAAUGACAGAUUCAAGAGUGUGGAACAUAGGGUAUUGGCUGGAAAGAUCGGAGCCCGAGUAUCAGCAGCAUGUUUUUUCAUGCCAAGCACAGCUAAUAAACUUAAGGCAUAUGGUCCAAUAAAGGAGCUUUUGACUGAGAAUAAUCCUCCUAUAUACAAGGAAACCCAUCUUACUGAAUAUCGUGCCCAAGACAGGUCGACAGGGCUAGAUGGUACAACCCUUUCUCUUUUUAAACUACCAUGAAUUUUUUCUUUCUUUCUUUUUUUUUUUUUUUUUUUUUUUUGGGGUCAAAAUUGCUUCAUCCUGUGAGGGUUGGGAGGCAACUGAAUGUAAAAAACUAAUAAUGAAACCUAAUAGUUCGCUCAUUAUGUUCCAUUGUUUUCAUUUUGUGCUAAUAUGAUAUGAUUGAUGUAUAAAGCAUUGGGUAUAAUAACACCUCUGAUUCUUCCUUCUA